AUGGAUACAAAGAUGGACGUUGAUGUGGGAAAAGCAGCGCAGCCUCAUGGCUUGUCGCCCGCCACCGACCCUCAAUCAAUACCGACCCUCGAUGGCUGGAUUGAGAGCUUGAUGGACUGCAAACAGUUGGCGGAGAGUGAUGUAUCAAGACUUUGCGAUAGAGCUAGAGAAGUUCUCCAAGAGGAGUCGAAUGUCCAGCCAGUAAAAUGUCCCGUCACAGUGUGCGGCGACAUCCACGGCCAGUUUCACGACUUGAUGGAACUCUUUCGCAUCGGCGGCCCUAACCCAGACACGAACUACCUCUUUAUGGGAGACUAUGUAGACCGUGGCUACUACUCCGUCGAGACCGUGACCCUUCUUGUCGCGCUCAAAAUCCGAUAUCCUUCUCGCAUCACUAUCCUCCGCGGUAACCAUGAGUCCAGACAGAUCACCCAGGUGUACGGCUUCUACGACGAAUGCCUCCGAAAAUAUGGCAACGCCAACGUCUGGAAAUACUUCACCGAUCUCUUCGAUUACCUGCCCCUUACCGCCCUGAUCGACAACCAGAUCUUCUGCCUGCAUGGCGGCCUUUCUCCCAGCAUUGACACCCUCGAUAACAUCCGAUCGCUUGACAGAAUUCAAGAAGUCCCUCACGAAGGUCCCAUGUGUGAUCUUCUGUGGAGCGAUCCUGACGACCGAUGCGGAUGGGGCAUUAGUCCAAGAGGAGCUGGAUACACAUUCGGUCAAGACAUCUCAGAAGCGUUCAACCAUAAUAAUGGCUUGACGCUGGUGGCCAGAGCUCAUCAAUUGGUCAUGGAGGGCUACAACUGGAGUCAGGAUCGGAAUGUGGUGACAAUCUUCAGCGCGCCUAAUUACUGCUACAGAUGUGGUAAUCAGGCUGCCAUCAUGGAGAUUGACGAGCAUCUGAAGUACACAUUCUUGCAAUUUGAUCCAUGUCCCCGAGCCGGCGAACCAAUGGUCAGUCGCAGAACGCCAGACUACUUCCUCUAA